UGAGUCGAACUGAAUAGCCCUAAUUUUAAAUGAAUUUAAUCCCAUAGGAAGAAUAUAUAUAAUACUACCUCUCCCAUAUAUAAAGUAUAAAACAUUUUAUUGAAACAAGAGAACUUGUUGAUAAGCAACAGAGAUAUGGGAGAAGUAAGCAUGAAAAAGAGUAUAGAUGCAUUACCAAGACGUUACUUGUUGAAGAUUGAAUCAUUUUCUUUGCUCUCAGAAAAUGGUAUUUACAAGUAUGAAUCAAAUGAGUUUGAAUCUGGUGGCUUCAAUUGGAAAAUGAUCAUUCAUGGAGAUGGAGAUGGAGAUGGAGAAGACCAUAUAUCAGUAUACUUGGCCAUUAUUAAGCCAAGUUCCCUACAUGGUGUUUGGGAGGUGAAUGCCUCAUUUAGCUUCUUGAUAUUCGAUCAAAUUCACGACAACUAUAAUGUAAUGAAAGGAAUGGAGAGGCGUUUUCGCAAUAUCAAGACUGAAUGGGGUCUAUCAAAAUGUAUCUCUCAUGAAACAUUCAAAAAUCCGUCUAAUGGUUACCUUGUUAAUGACAAAAGUAUAUUUGGAGUUGAUGUAUAUGUCAUCAAGAACCAUGGGAUAGGUGAAUGUAUGUCCUUAUUGAACGACUCCAACGUUUAUAAGCACGAAUGGAAGAUCACUGAAUUCUCGGAAUUGAAGAAUGAAGUGUAUUCUGGAGAGUUUACUGUUGAGGGUUAUAAAUGGAAACUUUCAUUGUAUCCUACAGGUGAUAGUAGACAAAAUGGUCAGAGUAUCUCCGUGUUUCUUGAAUCAGUUGAUGCUAAAGGAUUUGAUCGCCACAAAAGUGUCGGGGCAAAAUUUAGCAUUUCCGUCAAAAACCAGAUCAGUGGUGACCAUCACAAGAAUAUUGGUGGGGCGAAUUGGUAUUCAGCUGCUUCAUACAGUUGGGGCUGGUCAUCGUUUAUGCGAUGUUGUGAACUGAAUGAUCCUAAAAAGGGCUUUCUUAUUGAAGACUGUUGCAUUCUUGAAGCUGAGGUUUCUGUUGUUGGAGUCGUUAAUUGUUUAACUUAAAAUCUUUGUAUUAACACUUUAAUACGCCCCCGUGAGACUAUAUUGGGUAUGUUGCUUGGCUUUAAAGCAUCUUGGUGAAACAAGAGUUGUGUUAUUUCUAGUGUAAUUAUCUUUCAUAUUUCUAUGUUUCAGAUUUUUCAAUUG